AUGCAGGCUGCUGCAGUUGCCGCUGAAACUUCUGCCCCGGCUGCCGGUACGGCUGUUGCUGCGUCUCCCGCUGCUGCUGCUGCUGCUGCUGCCGCUGCUGCUGCUGCUGCUGCUGCUGCUGCUGCUGCUGCUGCUGCUGCUGCUGCUGCUGCUGCUGCUGCUACCGCCGCCUAUGCUGCUGCUAUUGCUGCCGCUGUUGGGCCAAACCCUGCCCUUGCGCGUGCCUCUGCCCCAGCUGCUGCUGCCCCAGACCCUGCCCUUGCUCUUGCCUCUCCCCCAGAUGCUACUGCCCCAGACCCUGCCCUUGCGCGUGCCUCUGCCCCAGCUGCUGCUGCCCCAGACCCUGCCCUUGCGCUUGCCUCUGCCCCUGCUGCUACUGCCCCAGACCCUGCCCUUGCCCUUGCCUCUGCCCCAGCUGCUGCUGCCCCAGGCCCAGCCCUUGCCCCUGCCCCUGCCCCUGCUCCUGCCGAUGUUGCUCCGCCUGUUGUUGCUGCAUCUGCUGCUCCUGCAUUCGCUGCCUUUCCAGCCCAAUCCUCCCGCCUCCUGCUGCCUGCUGCCCCCCUGCCCGGUUGCAACCCCCUCUGUCGCCUGCGCCGGUGCUGCUGCCAAUGCCUCAACGUCUAUCUGCCCUUCCCACCCUGCAGCCACUUCUGCAGCAGCUGCUGCCGCCGCCGCGUUAAAUCACGUGAUACGGGGAGCCAGGUCUAUCCCGUCGUCAGAUAUGACGACGAAGGCCUGGUGCUUGAAAGCCCAGGCCUUCUGUGUGGUCUUCCACCAGGGGCCGUGCUCCUGAUUCCUCUCAAGAAUGGCGUGGCGCGCCCACGCCUUCAGGCGAGAGUGGUACCACUGCACCGUCCUCCCGUUCUGGGGGCGGCUUUUCUUGAGUGA